GUGAGGGGGGCUCCGGGUAACGCCAUUUUCACGCACCGCGCAGUCAGUCAGUCAUCCAGCCAGGGGACCAGCGAGCUGUCAUCUUCUCCGGCGACUAGUCAACUUUUCAUUUAGUCCUAUGAAGCCGCCAUCAAGCUAGUUCCACCGACUUGUUCCUGCAAUGGAACAGAAGGAGAACAGGCUUUUCUUGUAUGGCUCCGACUAAAGCCAGUGUUUUUGACAGUUAGGUGGCUAGCUAUGUAGCUAGCUGGUCAUCAUUAACGGUUGAUGCAGUGAAGCCCAGCGUCAGUCCGCGGAACAUAUCUCACCCGGAGACAGUUUGGAUAUUGUGUUUUAUAACUUAUAUAUUUUUACAUUUAUCGGCAAGAGUUGUCGGUUUAAAGGAACAACACCUUUAAUUUAAAAAAGACGUGAUUUAGAGGUUAAAAAGGCGAGAUAAACGGACCUCACACUGAAGCUACAUUGGCAACGGAUGUCCUAGAGAACGAAUGCGUGAGGACAUGUCCACCAUGGUGUGCGUGAAGGAGGAGGAGGACCCUGGGGAGAAGCUUUCCCAGGAUGAGAUCAUCUCCCGGACCAAGCAGGUGAUCCAGGGGCUGGACGCCCUGAAGCAGGAGCACCACUCCAUCCUGGACGGCCUGCUGGGCACGCUGCGCUGCCUGAAGCAGGACGACGAGGGCGUCCUGGUGGAGGAGAAGUCCCACAUGAUCCGCAAGUCCCUGGAGAUGCUGGAGCUGGGGCUGAGCGAGGCACAGGUGAUGAUGGCGCUGUCGAGCCACCUGAGCUCGGUGGAGUCGGAGAAGCAGAAGCUUCGUGCUCAGGUACGCCGGCUCUGCCAGGAGAACCAGUGGCUGAGGGACGAGCUGGCAGGGACGCAACAGAAACUGCAGAAGAGCGAGCAGAGCGUCGCUCAGCUGGAGGAGGAGAAGAAGCACCUGGAGUUCAUGAACCAGCUGAAGAAGUACGACGAGGACUUGUCCCCAUCUGAGGAGAAGGACUCUGAUUCCAGUAAAGAGACUCUGGACGAUCUCUUCCCAGAUGACCAGGACGACCAAGCUCCAGGCAUCCAGCCGACUCAUGCUAGCGCUGCGGCAGCGGCUGCCCAGCAGGGAGGCUAUGAGAUCCCGGCGCGUCUGAGGACCCUCCACAACCUGGUGAUCCAGUACGCCUCCCAGGGCAGGUACGAGGUGGCUGUGCCCCUCUGCAAACAGGCCCUGGAAGACCUGGAGAAGACCUCUGGUCACGACCACCCAGACGUGGCCACCAUGCUCAACAUCCUCGCCCUCGUCUACAGGGAUCAGAACAAAUAUAAGGAGGCCGCCAACCUGCUGAACGAUGCUCUGGCCAUCAGGGAGAAGACUCUCGGCCGGGACCAUCCAGCUGUCGCUGCCACCCUCAAUAACCUGGCCGUCCUGUAUGGGAAGAGAGGAAAGUACAAGGAAGCAGAGCCGCUGUGCAAGAGAGCGCUGGAGAUCAGAGAAAAGGUGCUGGGGAAGGACCACCCAGAUGUGGCCAAGCAGCUGAACAACCUGGCCCUGCUGUGUCAGAACCAGGGCAAGUACGAGGAGGUGGAGUACUACUACAUGAGAGCGCUGGAGAUCUACCAGACCAAACUGGGCCCCGACGACCCCAACGUGGCCAAGACCAAGAACAACCUGGCGUCCUGUUACCUGAAGCAGGGCAAGUUCAAGCAAGCUGAAACUCUGUAUAAAGAAAUCCUCACCCGCGCUCACGAGAGGGAGUUCGGCUCUGUUGAUGAUGAGAACAAACCAAUAUGGAUGCAUGCUGAGGAGAGAGAGGAACAAAGCAAGGGGAAGCAAAAGGACGGCUCGCCUUUUGGAGAAUACGGAGGCUGGUACAAAGCCUGCAAAGUCGACAGCCCCACAGUGACCACCACCCUGAAGAACCUGGGCGCCCUCUACAGGCGGCAGGGCAAGUUCGAGGCGGCCGAGACUCUGGAGGAAGCUGCCUUGCGUUCCAGAAAGCAGGGUCUGGACACUGUGCAUAAGCAGCGCGUGGCGGAGGUCCUGAGCGAGCCAGAGGCCCGUGAGAAGCAGCGAAGCCGCGAGAGCUUGACCUCUGACACGGUGAAGUACGAGAGCGGGCCAGACGGUGGCGAGGAAGUGAGUAUGAGCGUGGAGUGGAACGGGGACGGCUCCGGCUCUCUGAAGAGGAGCGGCUCCUUCAGUAAACUGCGAGCGUCGAUCCGUCGCAGCAGCGAGAAACUGGUCCGCAAGCUGAAAGGUGGCGGCUCUUCUCGAGACAGCGAGCCCAAAAACCCCGGCAUGAAGCGAGCCAGCUCUCUGGGGGUUCUUAACGUGGCGGACAAGGCUGCGAGUGACCAUUACCAAGAACGAAAUAAUCGUCUGAGUAAAAGUCGCGACCUGAGUGCCAGCCACACCGACCUGGCGCAUUGAAGGUGAAUCGACCCUGGAGGGGGCCCGAGAGGUCACUUCCUGUCCGGACCCUCCUCGCUGUCAACAGCUUUGUCCUUCAGCAUCGCCACAUGUUCAGGUUUCAACCUUUCACUGCACUGUCUGGAGGUUUGAGGUGUUUUUACACGUCGAGGAAGAAGAGGAAGAUGAACCUGCUGUGUGUGUGUGUGUGUGUGUGUGUGUGUGUGUGUGUGUGUGUGUGUGUGUGUGUGUGUGUGUGAGUGAGAGUGAGUGCCCUUUCAAAUCAGUCCUUUUUUUAUUAUUUAAUGCUGUCGCUUGAUUGAAGGCAGAUGCCGAGUGGAGCUUUAGCUUCACAGACAUUUCUCUCACGAGUCGUCGGUGCAGAUAAAGAUGAGCUCAGGUUGUUUUAGCGAUGUGACGUCACACGAAGGGACUAAACCUGCAUAAAACCCACUGCAAACCGUCCACUUUCACUUGAAUAUUCAGAAUAAUGAAAAGGAAAUGUGAUUAUGUUUUCGCAAUAUGGAAAAAAGAAGCAUUUUGUGAAUACCAACAGGCUCAAAUCUCUCAAUUUGAACGUUAAAUUGACAAAAUCGAAGAUAUCGGUGCAUAAAUUCUGCUGAUAAAUAAAGUUUAUUGGAGAAGUUUUCAAAUGAUUCCAGGAUCAGAGACGGUUUCAGUGUGCUUCCUCCACGCGUUGUGUUUGAUGUGCACCACCUACACGACGAUACAUACAUCAGUGAUACUGAACUCAUGAAGGAGUGAGUUCAUUCAGUCAUCUUUUCACCCACUGAGGUUUAAGUGAAGCACUGAGAGACAGAAAAAUGUUUUUAUCAACUAUAACUUCAGAAAACUUGUCCAGCAAUGACGUCUCUCUGUAGGCCGACCCGGACGUUAGCUUAGCUUAGCUUAGCUUAGCUUAGUUUAGCUUAGCUCUGCGCUACAUCUGCAGAUUUCCAAUGGAAGUUCUGAACUGUGUUUUUGGAUUAAUUAAGAAAAUAAGAUCUGUGGCAGAUUAAGAUUCACGAUAUUCACACGAGACAUUUGACGAUAUUUGAACCACAUGACGAGACUUUAAUUAACCCUUAAAGACAAACGCUUUGGAAACCUGUGGAGGGAAAACGCAGAACUUUUAAGAAUUGUUUGACGAAAUUGUUCCAUCUUGUGAUUUUGCUUUUUGCUGUAUGAAGUUUACAUUUGUGUUUUUAUUUUGUAAAUUAUGUUUUAUUUGUUUCUGUCCUCGCGCUGCUCUGAAGAGUUUGUCUUUAAAAAUAAAUAAAUAAAAACCUUUAGAUUAAACGUUCCUUAACGUCGAGGUCGAGCUCUGAGAUACGGAGGCAGCACGACGACUUUUUAUUGGUACAUGAAGGCCGACCGACUCUCAGGAUCACACGCUGACUGCAAAGUUAGAGCCCCCCCACACUUUCACACAUACUGUUACAGCAUUUAUCUUCAAGACAACACUUUACCACGUCAGUAAAGUCGAACCAAAACUGUGCAAAUUAUGAAUUAUUUAAAAGAAUACUUCUCAUCAUGCGAGAGUUAUUCCAGAGAUUUAAGAUAUAUAUUUGCUAUUACCAAAAUAGGAGGGAGUAUUCCUCCUAUAGCGAGUUCUAACUAUAGAAAUAGCUUCAACAAGACAAUACAGUAAAAAAACACAUUAAAUAAGAACAAAAAUAGAUGCAAAGUAGUUAAUAUGGAAGUAAAGAAACGACAAAAUUACCAUUAAAUUAAAUUAAAAGAAAAACUGAAACUUUAAAGAGUGAAUAAAGGAAAAGUACAAGUGUUGAAGCCAUCUUCAGACUUCUUUGGUUCCAUGUGUGUGAACGUGUGUGUGAUGAGCAGAUAGUCGAGAGGGAUCUGCACUGGAAACAUUGGAUUGACCGGAAAUAAGGAAAACUGUUGAUUUUUGUACCGACUUCCUCAAAUCCGAUCUUGUAGUUGCUGCAUUUGCUGCAUAUUAAGUUGCUUUUUAAUGUUAAUGGAGAGUACGUGAACUUUUAGGGGUGUGUUUUCCAGCAGGGGUGUGCAAUAAGCUUUUGUUUGACUUGUAAGAACUCUUCACAUCUUCUGAUUUCAUGGAAAUUAAUUAGAAUCUCGACCGAAGAAGAGAAUUUAAAUAAAGGCUUUCAGUCCAAAAUAUUAUACGAUAUAAAUCUAUUAAAAAGAAUAAAGAUGAAGCCCUGGUUGUAAAUAUAAAACGCUGAAAAGAUUUGAUAACUUGAAUCAUAUUCGUGGAAAUCUUUCCUUCUGUGCCGGCAAUAAUUUAGUCAAAGUCGCAGAGAUUUUUAUAAAUGUUAAUAUUUCGUUCUUUUCUUUGUAGCGGUGAUUUUAUCGGCGCUGUUUGUUGCAGAGUCGAGUUGUUGAAGCUUCUUGUCGACUGUUGAUCAGUCGUCUUUAAUCCUUGUUGUUUUAUUGUUCCAGGCUCCACAAAGUAACGAGGCACAUAACUUAAUGUCUGAAGGUUUUCAUGGACUGGGCAACAUUUUGGGCAACUUUAAACGGGCAACUCCUUCAGCAACUGGCAACAAAGUGAUCAAGCGUUGAUAUAUUUAAAUAAACACGUCAUUUAAUGUUUACAAGUUCUAGACGCAAAGUUAUAUGGAAGUCAAAAUAUCAAUUAAAGACUGAGUUAAAAUGUAUAAUCUGAAUUUAUGUGGUUUUAAGAAUUAUUUUAAGUUUACAAAAUACAAAUUGAAAUUAUGCAACUGGAACAUAUUUUUUUAUUAAUAUUUGGACACAAUUUUCUAUCUUAAUUUGUUUGUAAAAUAAUGUUUUUAAAGUUGCACAACUUGAAAUAACCUUCGGGAGAAGCGGAGAAUUUCACAUAAAAAAAAAAAGAAAUGUAAAAAAGUAAUAAUUAUUAAUAACAUAAAUAAAUGUAUAUUUAAAAAAAAGAAAUAUUUGUAAAUGCUUUAAAUUCAGUGAUAUUCAACAAUAAUUAUUCAGUGUUUUAAAAUUUUAGAUUAAAUUACUUGUAAGAUUAAUUUGGCCUUUUUUUGCUUCCGUACAUAUUUGAUGGAAUUUACUGUUCCGGGUAAAAACGUAAUAUUCAGAGAAAAAUCUUCUACAUUUUAGUAAUAAUUUAUAAUUUCCUCACAAUGUAAUCGUUGUGGAAGCUUGUACUUGUUACUUAUCGGUAACGAUAUUCCCUCUGUGUGUAAAGCAGCAUCGUCACGGACGCUGUUGCCCCAAAAAAGUUGCUCCAACCGUUGCCCUGUUGCAGAAAACCUAAAGUCUGUCCUGAAACUAUGACUUCUAAUCAGUUUUCAACAAACAAGUGGUGAUUAUGAUGACGUGAAUGUACAUUUAUGGGUUUAUGGAAGCGCGUUGACUUGAUGUGUUUCUUGUUAGAGGUCAAAGUCUCUCUGUCCGUCCUUUUGUUGCAGUUUUUUUAUUUCUUCUUGUUAAUUUCAUUUGUGUUUUUUCUGCUCCCUGUCUGCAGACUGUGUUGCUGUGUGGAGCGCUGAAGUGGACGCUUAGAUAAAGUAAAUGCAUCACAAAAUAGACCCAAAUCAGCCGCUCCACGACUCAGACGCUCCACACACACAUCCAGUCUCCUAAAUCUACAUUUCUACGGGCACAAUACUUAAAUACAAGAUUGAAUGUCAAGUUGUCCUCCAUUGUUUUUUGUUUUGUGUGUAAGGUGAAAUUAUUUUAAGGACGUUGUGCUUCCUACGAGGUAACAUCGUGAAAGCGUCUCCUCUGUAUAUCUCGCACGAACAGAAACUGUUCCUGGAUGAAACUGGCAGACAUGUAGGCUUUUAUUGUUGUGGUGACAGCUAGUCCUUUUUAUUAUGGUGUUGUUAGAGAGUAAUAACAAUACAACAUAAAAAACUGUGAGAUGUUUUUUUAUUCUCUAAUUUCUCUGUAAUUGUUGGGACGUUUGUCUGCAGACUGAUGCUCUACUACGCACCCUCUGUAUUUGAAUAAAACGGUUAAAUUCAU